GCACUCCGUGACGCACAUUUCAGUCGACUGUCAAGUGCACAGCGACCCAAACUGACCUAGUGGAGGCAUUUAAACGAAACAACUCUCAAUUUGAGUGUUUUUCAGUGGCGUUUCCUUUUUUUGUGGACCAGAGCCUCACAAACGGAAAUGUAUCUUUUAAUUAAUGCGGCAGAAACGUCGCUUAACACAUUGUUUAUUAGAAUAAUUUACUCAUAAACCAGCUGGUGUUGUUGCUGGAAAGCUAUCCUAGCUAACUUAUUUCAAAAUGACUCUUCCAACUUUGCACAACACCGGCGUGAUCUACAGACGGAUUUUAUCACAAUUUCCUCAGGACAUCAGUUUAGCUUUUGCCUAUGGAUCUGGCGUUUUUAAACAACACGGGACCAACCAAGGUCAAAUGGAGAAGAACAUGCUGGACUUUGUGUUUGCGGUGGACGACCCAGUGACGUGGCACACCAUGAAUCUGCUGCAGAAUCGCAAACACUACUCCAUCCUCAAGCUGCUGGGGCCCACGAUGAUCAGCUCCGUACAAAAUGAACACGGGGCUUCUGUAUACUACAACACACUGGUGCCUGUGGAUGGAAGGAUAAUCAAAUAUGGUGUGAUUAGUACAGAGUCUCUCAUAGAUGACCUGAUGCACUGGAAGACGAUGUACGUGGCUGGACGACUUCACAAACCAGUAAGAAUGCUGGUGCAGAAUGAGAAUGGAAAGCUCCGUGCUGCUUUGGUGGCCAACUUGAAGAGUGCUGUGACAGCCUCCUUCCUCAUGCUGCCGGAGAGCUUCACUGAGGAAGACCUCUUCCUGCAGAUUGCUGGUCUUUCUUACGCCGGGGAUUUUAGAAUGGUGUUCGGUGAAGAUAAAUCUAAGGUGGCCAAUAUCGUCAAGGACAACAUUCAGCACUUCCGGAUUCUGUACAGCAACAUCUUGCGUGACUGCCCUCAGGUGGUCUACAAACCUCAACAAGGGAAACUAGAGGCUGACAAAAGCCCAGAGGGCCAGUUCAUCCAGCUGAUGGCAUUGCCUCGAACCCUCCAGCAGAGGAUCACAAAGCUGGUCGAUCCUCCGGGGAAGAACCGAGACGUGGAGGAGAUUCUGCUGCAGGUUGCUCAGGACCCGGACUGCGGCGCUGUCGUUCAACAAGGUAUUUCAUCUAUUGUGAAAUCCUCUAGUAUAACACAGAGUAUCAAAGGCAUUGCUACAGCUGGCAUGUGGAAGACAGUCUCAUACAGCUCCAAGAAACUGAUGAAGAUGUGGAAGGGUUGGAGGAGGAAGCCGUCUGUCUCACAGAUGUCCUGAUCCUGUCUGUUGACCAGGAAUCUGUCUUUCUCUAUAAACUGUCAGCCGACAUUCAUCCUUUACAUUUUUCCCCCCCCCCCGACAGACUGUGGCUGGAAGAAUUGCACACUCCCCUCCUGGUUAUAUCACCGCAUCGCCUUUAAGGAAGGAGAUCACUGAGCAGGCGAAAUUCUGUGUUUGAAUAGUGUAGAACCGUCUGUACAACUGCCCUUUAUCAUGCAAUUCAUAAAAGUUGUCGAAAAAGGGGGUGACAUUUCACCAGCCAGAUUGAAUUAUGGCUGACAUUUAAUGGUACUACAGAUUGGAACCUUUCUGCAUAAUGACUACAGUGACUGGCUGGGGAACUGGCGAUCUCUAGAGCCACAGCACUGACUCAGUGUGAGCACAGCAUGCAGCAAGUAUCGCACUAAUAUUAAGAAUAGACUUUGGUGUCUUCGGUCAUCUUUUGACAGCGAGUGUGCAACGGUCAAAUGACGAGCAGAUGAGAAACUGGCGAUUAUUUUUGUCUUUAUUGAACUUCUUAUCCCCCAAUCGACUUUCCAAAGAUCUCCAAUCUUUCUUCUCAUCACAUUUUACCAGCAGUUUGGAUGUUUGUAAUAAUACAAUGUUCAUGAAAUAAAAGAUAGGAUCACAUUUAAUUUAUGAUAGAAAUGUUGCUAAUUGUGAACAGUUUACCUGUCUGCCACUUAAUUGCUGUAAGCAGGUCUUAAUGACAACUGGAGGUCUUUGAUACUUGCUGUCAUUUUAUGUAGUUACAAGAUUGAUGAUUGAUAAACAAUUGAAUACAACAGUAUCCAUGAUUACUUUGUUUUCAGUUGCAUAAUACUUUUUUUACAUUACUCAAAUAUUUUCUUUGCUGAUUGUGAGAACCAACGUUUUUUAUGUUUUCACUAUUAGGCCAUUGAAUUAGGAUUGCCUGGUUUUACUAAUUUAACCUGCUGAAUUAAUAAAUUAUAACACCUCAGUUUUUUUUACAAAAUAAUGUCACAAAAUGGGUUAUUAUUACACAAUCACUAUUAGAUUUUUUUUCUCAUUUAUACUUCCAGGAGGAUUAAUAUGCAAACUUGACUAUUAAGUUAUUCUUAUGUUUGUAUUACUUUAUAUAAAGGGUCAAUUGGGAUGUUCAUAUGUUUGAUGUUAUAGCAGGGAAAGCACAUGUCAUAACAUUUAGUGUCACUUGUCCUGGUACUGUGUGAUUGGCUGGGUACAUGAGUUGUCUAAAUAUAUGUAGAUUUUGGCUGUAAAAAAAUCAGGUUUAUCACAUCACUUAAAUGUUCCCGCUUAUCAAAAUGUUUUUAAUAAAAAAAUAUACAUUUGAA